AUGAAGCAAAGAAAAGGAGAAGGAAUUGGUUCUUUUGGAUCCAAGAAAGAGGUUGUUAGAAGAUCACCACCGCCACCUCCUCCUCCGCUACCAAAGUUCCGAGUCAUCUCAAAACCACGAGCAGAAGAGAGCGUGACAAAGCGAGAAAUUGCAAGGUUUUGGAAGCAAAAGAGAAUUGUGGAGGAGGAUCAUCUCCUUGCUGCUAUCAAAGCCGCGGCAAGACUCCGUGCUCGCAACCUCACGGAGCAAGAGUAUUUGAGCUUUGAAUUGAGCUUAAAGUAUGACCAUGAUGAAGAUGAGGUCAAUAAAGUUGAUGAGGACAAGGAAGUGCGCGUGGGAAUAAAAGAUUGGUGGACAAAAAGCAGGUAUGCAUAUUUGAAUCAACCAGCCUUAGCUUCCAUGGAUCCUCCUAAGAAAAGGACAUCUACUUAUGUUCCUAAUUGUCUUUCUUACAAGGCUAAGGCUUUGUAUCCUACAGCUAUUGGUGUCUUUUAA